CAUCUUUGUUGCUCUCUGCCUAGUGUAAAAUGCCCCCCCUCACUUUCCCCCCCGAUUUGAAUAUUAAAUAAACAGCACGAUCCAAUUUUGUUUUUGUUUUUUGCACACGAGGACGGGAUCCCGAUGAGAGGACUAUCAUGUCCUAUCCUCCGCGGGCCAGUGAGGAAGACGAGGGCACGGCGCUUCAUUCCGAGGGAGGAGGAGAUUUGGAGGAAGAAGACGACGGCGGCGGCAGCGGCGGCGGAGACUUAUUAGACGCCAGAAGCGACGUCAACUCGCCGGCGGCGUCUCGGCAAACUGCAGCCGCCGCAGAAGAAGAGGGGGACACGUCCGACAGGGAGGUACCGUGUAAAAAGAAAGGACGGCCAAAGAAGAAGAAGGAAGCCAAGAAGAAGGAGGGCAAACCCGCAAAGGCCAAAAAGCGCAAGAAGAUUGAAAGCGACGUAGAUCGGGACUCGGCGGGGGAUGGGGACUUGGGCGAGCGCUCGGACGGCGUGGCCAGCGGCUACGGCUCAGGCGAGAAGAAGAAGAGGAAAAAGCACAAAGACAGAAAGGAGAAGAAAACCAAGAGGAAGAAAAAAGAUGACGAGGACCGAGACAGCGGCCAGGAGGAGGUCACGAGGCAGCCUGUGGAGCAGAAGACCUCGGCCCAGCUGGCGAAGGAGUGGGCUCUGGAGGAUGUUGAUCAUACCUUCACCGAGGAAGACUACAAGGAGCUGACCAACUACAAGGCCUUCAGUCAGUUCUUGAGGCCCAUGAUCGCCAAAAAGAACCCCAAGAUUCCAAUGUCCAAAAUGAUGACUAUCCUGGGGGCCAAGUGGAGGGAGUUCAGUUUCAACAACCCUUUCAAAGGCAACGCCGCAGCUGUAGCUGCAGCAGCAGCCGCCGCCGCCAUAGCUGUUGCCGAGCAGGUCUCCGCGGCGGCCGCCUCGCCCGCGCCCGUGCUGCCACCGCCACCUGUCCGAAAGGCCAAGACGAAAGAAGGCAAAGGUCCAGGUUACAAGAAACGCAGUAAAAAUCCACGUGUCCCAGACAAGAAAAAGGCUUUGGCUGCGGCCAAGGCGAAAAAAAUGGCUCCCAUACGUCUCAAACUUUCUCCUGUGUGCUCAAAGAGGAAGAAGAGUUGCUCGAGUGACGAAGGGGACGAGGUGGAGUCUGAAGCGGAGGAUUCGGGUGUCCGAGGCCCACCGUUUCGCUCCGAUGCCGUGAAGAAGAGCAAGCGCGGGCGGCCUGCUAAGAAGAAGAAGAAAAGUAACCAAUCAGGAGUCCCAGGUGAGGAGGAGGGCGACGGCUAUGAGACGGACCACCAGGACUACUGCGAGGUGUGCCAGCAGGGCGGCGAGAUCAUCCUCUGCGACACCUGCCCACGGGCGUACCACCUGGUGUGCCUGGAGCCCGAGCUGGAGAAAGCGCCCGAGGGAAAGUGGAGCUGCCCCCACUGCGAAAAAGAAGGAAUCCAGUGGGAAGCCAAAGACGAAGACUUUGAGGACCUGGAAGAGGAGGCGGAGGAGAGAUCCGUCUCGGAGGUCAGGGCGGGGACGGAGGAGGACGACGACCACAUGGAGUUUUGUCGGGUGUGUAAAGACGGAGGUGAACUCUUGUGCUGUGACACCUGCACAUCCUCCUACCACAUCCACUGUUUAAACCCUCCACUGCCAGAGAUCCCUAAUGGAGAGUGGUUGUGUCCACGAUGCACGUGUCCGCCCAUUAAAGGACGUGUGCAAAAGAUCCUCCACUGGCGCUGGGGGCAGCCCCCGACUCCGGCCCCUGUCCCGGAGCCGGAUGCGCCGUCGGCGGAGGUGGCUCCGGACCGGCUCCCUGUCCCCCCCCCGCCACCCGCGAAGGGCCGAGCCGAACGGGAGUUCUUUGUCAAGCUGGUGGGUCAGUCCUACUGGCACUGCACGUGGAUCACUGAGCUGCAGUUGGAGAUCUUCCACUCGGUGAUGUACAGAAACUACCAGAGGAAGACGGACAUGGACGAACCGCCCGCUUUGGACUACGGCUCUGGCGGCGAAGACGAGAGCGGAGCGGUGAAAAGUGAGAAGAGGCGUGCCAGAGACGCCGUCAUGGAGGACAAGUACUACAAAUACGGCAUCAAGCCCGAAUGGAUGAUAAUCCAUCGCAUCAUCAACCACAGCGUGGACAAGAAGGGCAUGUACCACUACCUGGUGAAGUGGAGAGACCUGACGUACGACCAGUGCACGUGGGAAGGAGACCAUAUGGACAUCCCUGACUUUGCCAUCCAUAAGGCCAACUACUGGAGACACAGGGACUCCAUCACCAAGGAAGACCCCGACAAACCUCGGAGGAUGAGGAGCAAGAGUCAGGAGGGUGAAGAAGACGAUUCUUCAUCCGCCUCGCCUGUUACCGACCCGACGAUAAAAUACGAAGAGCAGCCCGACUUUGUGACGUCAACAGGCGGCACGCUCCACCUGUACCAGAUGGAGGGGCUCAACUGGCUUCGCUUCUCCUGGGCUCAAGGCACCGACACCAUCCUGGCGGACGAGAUGGGUCUGGGAAAGACCAUCCAGACCAUCGUCUUCCUCUAUUCGCUCUUUAAAGAGGGUCACACCAGGGGUCCCUUUCUGGUCAGCGCUCCGCUUUCCACCAUCAUCAACUGGGAGAGGGAGUUUGAGAUGUGGGCGCCUGACUUCUACGUGGUGACCUACACCGGCGACAAGGACAGCCGAGCCAUCAUCCGGGAGAACGAAUUCUCCUUCGACGAAUCUGUGGCCAAGAGUGGCAAGAAAGCCUUCAAGAUGAGGAGAGAGAUGCCCAUCAAAUUCCACGUGCUGCUGACCUCUUACGAGCUGGUGACCAUCGACCAGACGGCUCUCAAGUCUAUGGACUGGGCCUGCCUGGUUGUGGAUGAGGCUCACCGCCUUAAAAAUAAUCAGUCCAAGUUUUUCCGACGCCUGAACGACUACAAAAUUGACCACAAGCUGCUGCUGACGGGAACGCCGUUACAGAACAACCUGGAGGAGCUUUUCCACCUGCUCAAUUUCCUUACGCCCAACCGUUUCAACAACCUGGACGGCUUCCUGGAAGAAUUUGCUGACAUCUCUAAGGAAGACCAGAUCAAGAAACUUCACGACCUGUUGGGGCCUCAUAUGCUGCGCCGGCUGAAGGCUGACGUCUUCAAAAACAUGCCGGCCAAGACCGAGCUGAUUGUUCGGGUGGAACUCAGCCCCAUGCAGAAAAAAUACUAUAAGCUGAUUCUAACCAGGAACUUUGAGGCGUUGAACUCCAAAGGUGGGGGGAACCAGGUGUCUCUGCUCAACAUCAUGAUGGACCUGAAGAAGUGCUGCAACCAUCCUUAUCUGUUCCCCGUCGCCUCCAUGGAGGCCCAGAAAACACCCAACGGCGCUUAUGAGGGCUCAGCCCUCACCAAGGCUUCUGGGAAAUUGACACUACUGCAGAAGAUGCUGAGGAAACUCAAGGAGCAGGGACACCGAGUGCUGGUCUUCUCGCAGAUGACUAAAAUGCUGGACUUGUUGGAAGACUUCCUGGAUUUUGAAGGUUAUAAAUAUGAAAGGAUUGACGGCGGGAUCACCGGCGCGCUCAGGCAGGAGGCCAUCGACCGCUUCAACGCUCCCGGUGCGUGUCAGUUUUGUUUCCUACUCUCCACCCGGGCCGGUGGUUUGGGCAUCAACUUGGCCACGGCGGACACGGUAGUCAUCUUCGACUCGGACUGGAACCCUCACAAUGACAUCCAGGCCUUCAGUCGGGCUCACCGGAUCGGGCAGGCCAACAAGGUGAUGAUCUACCGCUUCGUGACGCGUGCUAGCGUGGAGGAGCGCAUCACGCAGGUGGCCAAGCGAAAGAUGAUGCUGACACAUCUGGUGGUCCGACCCGGCCUGGGUUCCAAAGCGGGCUCCAUGACCAAGCAGGAACUGGACGACAUCCUCAAAUUUGGAACCGAGGAGCUGUUCAAAGACGAAGGAGAAGGCAUGAAGAAUUCCUCGGGGGACAAAGCGGAGGACGAGGGGAACGUGAUCCACUACGACAGCGCGGCCAUCGAGAGGCUGCUGGACCGAAGCCAGGAUGCUACCGAUGACUCGGAUGUCCAAAACAUGAACGAGUACCUCAGCUCGUUCAAAGUGGCCCAGUACAUGGUCCGAGAGGAGGACAAGAUCGACGAGAUCGAGCGAGAGAUCAUCAAGCAGGAGGAGAACGUGGAUCCCGACUACUGGGAGAAACUCUUGCGCCACCACUACGAGCAGCAGCAGGAGGACUUGGCUAGCAAAUUGGGCAAAGGCAAGCGCAACCGCAAGCCCGUCAACUACAACGACGCAGCCCAGGAAGACCAAGAGUGGCACGCCGACAUUUCCGACAACCAGUCCGAGUACUCUGUGGGUUCCGAGGAGGAGGACGAGGACUUUGACGACCGGCCGGAAGGCCGGAGACAAUCCCGCCGCCAACUGAGGAACGAGAAAGACAAACCGCUUCCUCCUCUUCUGGCCAGAGUGGGCGGAAACCUUGAGGUUCUCGGCUUCAAUACGCGCCAGCGGAAGGCUUUCCUCAACGCCGUGAUGCGUUGGGGGAUGCCGUCGCAAGACGCCUUCUCGUCCCAGUGGCUGGUCAGAGACCUCCGGGGCAAGACUGAGAAGGAAUUCAAAGCGUACGUGUCGCUAUUCAUGCGUCACUUGUGCGAACCGGUGGCCGACGGGGCGGAGACCUUCGCCGAUGGCGUCCCCAGGGAGGGCCUGUGCCGCCAGCCGGUCCUCACGCGCAUCGGGGUCAUGUCGCUCGUCAAGAAGAAGAUUCAGGAGUUCGAGCACAUCAAUGGCCGCUGGAGUCUCCCGGAGCUGAAGCCUGACGUCAGCCUGGAAAAGUCCUCCUCCAGGGCUUCGUCCCCUGCAGCCAAGACCGCGACGCCCACCACGGAUGCUAGCUACAACAACACGCCGUGCACCUCUAAACCAGCAACCCCCGCGCCUGCAGACAAACCCGAGAAGAACGGGAAGGAGGACAAGGAGCAGGAAAAUGAGGAGAAAGAUGACGGCAAAGAGCUUUGCGCACCGCAAAGCGUGUCUCCACCUAGUUCCAAAACGGAGGGCAAAGACGACGGCGGUGGCGGAGAUCGAACGCGCGAGGGGGAGGAAGAUGAUCCCGGCGGCGCUCCGUCCCGUGAGGGGAAUUCACCUGAUAAAAGCAAAGUAACAAGCGAGCAGGAUGUGCCGGUGCAAGAACGAAGCGCAGACGCAGCAAAGGUGGAAGACGACGGACAAAAAGACACCGAGAAGCCAGAAGCUUCAGAUUCCAAGGAAGCUUCCGAAACCGUGAAAGAGGAGGCAAAAGGUGAAAAGGACGCUGGGAAAGAAGUCAAGACGGAGUUGGCCAAAGUCGACGGGAAGCUGCCCGCCGAGCGGCCUCGCUUCAUGUUUAACAUCGCCGACGGCGGCUUCACCGAGCUGCACACUCUUUGGCAGAAUGAGGAGCGGGCCGCCAUCUCCUCGGGGAAGAUGAGCGAGAUCUGGCACCGCCGCCACGAUUUCUGGCUCCUGGCGGGAAUCGUCAUUCACGGCUACGCCCGGUGGCAGGACAUCCAGAACGACCCGCCCUUCGCCAUCAUCAACGAGCCCUUCAAGUCGCAAGCCAACAAAGGCAACUUCUUGGAAAUGAAAAACAAGUUUCUGGCCCGGCGCUUUAAGCUGCUGGAGCAGGCGCUGGUCAUCGAGGAGCAGCUGAGGCGCGCGGCCUACUUAAACAUGACGCAGGACCCCAGCCACCCGGCCAUGGCGCUCAACGUGCGUUUCGCCGAGGUGGAGUGCCUGGCCGAAUCGCACCAACACCUGAGCAAAGAGUCGCUGGCGGGCAACAAACCGGCCAAUGCCGUCCUGCACAAAGUGCUGAACCAACUGGAGGAGCUGUUGAGCGACAUGAAGGCCGACGUGACCCGGCUGCCGGCCGCGCUGUCCCGAGUGGCGCCCAUCGCCGCGAGGCUGCAGAUGUCCGAGCGGAGCAUCCUGAGCCGGCUGGCCAGCAAAGGCGCCGAGACGCAGGCCCCCCCGCCUAUCCCUCCCGGACCUUACGCCACCCCUCAGAAUUACGGAGGCUUCUCCACCGUCCCGCCGGGCGCCCUCUUCAUGGGAGGGGCCAACUACAGUCAGAUGCCACCCGGAUCCUUCAUAUCAGAAGCCACCGACGGAGCCGCUUGGGGAGCCGGCAGGGGGCCGGCCGCCGCGAGCGCGUGCCAGAAGACCAAGGAGCACGAUGUGGUGCAGCGGCAGCGGGUGGUGGACCUGUGGAAGGACGGCAAGUCGGAGGGGGCCAUCGGCCUGGAGCUGCGGAUGCCCAAAUCCACCGUGCACAGCAUCAUCGUCAAGUACCGCCUCAGUAACACGGUGGAGAACCUGCCACGCAACGGACGCCCCAAGAAACCCUGACCGACCGCCGCUUCGGUAUCGUCGAAAGAAAUGACACGGACCUCAGACGAGACCGAAUGUUGGCGCAAUUUUCCAGAAUUCGGAGAGAGGACGAAGAAUCCAUUCCAGUUUUUUUUCCCCUCACAGUUUUCCCUUCGGAUCAAUUUUUCAUCCGAGGAGCCUUCUCCUCACUUUGACCCUCUACUCCCUCAUUCCUCAGCAGCCUUCCACUCCUCCGUCUCUGCGCGCACUCGCAACUGUCUAGACCCCACACGGAAUCUCGUAAAGACUGCCAGCGGAUGAACGACAAUGGCCCAAACCGCUUGGGAACAACGAGCACUGUGGACACAAAGAGUUGCAUUUUUAGCCAAGUCCAUCAAAGCGAAUUUGGCUGAUAAACAGUUUUGGAUCCAUUUACUUAUGCUGGACCGGUGCUUGAAUGCUUUUGUUUAAACUUUGAAUGAAAUGAAUCAAAGGCUAGAAACAGACUGUUCAGUUUUGGAUCCCUUUGAAAGUGCUGGUCCAAAUAUCCAAUUCCCAUGUACUGUAUCAGGGUAGGUUCAGACUGCAGGUCUUAAAGCACGAAUCCGAUUGUUUCGGUUUUCUGACUCGAGUGAGGCGUUAAGUUGACGGUCUGAAUUGGACAAGUCAAAUAGAAUUGGACCAUUUCAAAUCCGAUUUAGGUCACUUUUGUAUGUGGUUUAACACUAGAAAACCCAGCAGAGGCCGACUCGGCCUUUCUCAAGGCAAAUACUCCUAAUUAGGGUUGUUCCGAUCAUGUUUUUUAGCUCCCGAUCCGAUCGUUUUAGUUUGAGUAUCUGCCGAUAUUUCCCGAUCCGAUUGCUUUUUUUUGCUCCCGAUUCAAUUCCAAUCAUUCCCGAUAAUUUUCCCCGAUCAUAUACAUUUUGGCAAUGCAUUAAGAAAAAAAUGAAUAAAACUCGGACGAAUAUAUACAUUCAACAUAAAGUACAUAAGUACUGUAUUUGUUUAUUAUGACAAUAAAUCCUCAAGAUGGCAUUUACAUUAUGAACAUUCUUUCUGUUAGAGGGAUCCACGGAUAGAAAGACUUGUGACUUUGUAUAUUGUGACUAAAUAUUGCCAUCUAGUGUAUUUCUUGAGCUUUCAGUAGAUGAUACUGCAGCCGUUCAACCCAAAUGCAUGAUGGGAAGUGGAACCAUGACUGUGCGUCGUGCUACCAAUUAGGGCUGCAGCUAUCGAUUAUUUUAGUAGUCGAUUAAUCGAUGAAUAUUUAGUUCGAAUAAUCGAGUAAUCGGAUAAGGAACAUAAAAAUUAAAAUACCUGAAACGGUAUUAAAAUAAUAAUAAUAAUAAAUGAGGAUCUAUGUACAACAACAAAAAACAAUUGGCUAACUUACAUAGUAAAAGGCCGCUAGCUUAAAUGCUAUAAGAUGCUAACUUUUUUUUUUUUUUUUUUUUUUUUUACAAUGGUCUUAACAAAUGGUUCAGACACAUUUUCCCACAUACACUUAGAAACUAAAAUAUGAAUGUGUUAAAAAAAAAAAAAAACUUUAGCGCAAACAAAAGCUUAGGUUGGUCUUAACAAGGAGAAGCUGGAUUCAGCCAUUAGACUAGAGGGCAGUGGAUCCACCCAAAUCAAUACAGCUAAAUGCAAACACUUUCAAAACAAACCAUUACAAUGCCACUUUAAUUAAACGAAUACUCGAAGCAGCAAAAUUUUAAUUCGAAUCUUUUUUUCUAAUCGAAUACUCGAGUUGAUCGAUUAUUCGUUGCAGGACUACUAUCAAUUGAUAUAUCUUCUCUGCGUUGGGAAAUAACAUCAGGUGUUAAGAAAAAGAUCAAUCGCUACCUUGCUUCCCCACAUUGCUUCCCAUGAUAUUUCUAAUCGUAGGGAGAGGGAUUGUAAGGCUUUAGCCGAUUAAAGAAAGGCUCUAAAGGCUGCCAAAAUUCACUCUACUCAUUUUAUCUCUCUAUAUAGGUAAAACGGCGCCAUUACAGAUUGAGCGCGACAAUGCGUGAGUGGGUCGUGCAGCGCAUGCAUUAAUUGCGUUUAAUAUUUUAACGUGAUACAUUUUUUAAAAAAUUAAUUACCGCGGUUUUCGGGAUAAAUUUGAUAACCCUACCUUAAGCCUAAACUAAAGACUCUGGAUGAGUGUAACAUAUUAUGUCUGUAACGUUAAAUACAAUUAGAAAACGAUUUAAUUAAAAAAAAUAUAUAUAUAUAUAUAUUAAAAAAAGGCAUGGUCGAUAUUUUUUUGCCGAUUCCGAUACUUUGAAAAUGACAUGAUCGGACUCAAUCGAUCGGGAGAUCUCUACUCCUAAUAUUCCCAAGCAAUGGCCGAUUUGGCCUCUCCCCCAGAAAAACCCAGAGGUGGCCAAAAUGACCCAAGAACUUUUGAAUUAGCAAGUCGUCGUCCGACAGACAGCAACCGUUCAUGUGCACCCUAAUUUUCAGACUAUAAGCCGCUACUUUUUUCCUUAAUUUUGAUACCUGUGGCUUAAAACCAGUAUGACUUAUUUGUUGAUUUAUUUGGGUUUAUAGGUAACACUUUAUUUGACAGCGACGUCACAAGACUGUCAUAAGAGCGUCAUAAUUAUGACAUGACACUAUCGUGGGCAUUACUGAAUGCUUAUGUUAUUAAGUGUCAUCCGGCAAAUUAUGUCAUUUUGGAUUAAAAGUAGAAAAAAAUGCCGUUUUAGUCGAAAACCAGCGAGCACAUUUGGAAACCAUUGUGCUGAGGCAGUUAGUUGGAUCCUCCUCAAAAUUGGUAAGACUUUUCAUGAGACGUACGAGAUGUUAAGUUAUCAGAAUGGUGAGUUUUCAUUUACGUAGGGCUAGGGUUAGGGUACCAAGGUCGGGCGUUUUUUGGCAACAUGCCAUAUUCGGUAAAUGACUCAUGACUUCCUGAUACAAUGUUCAAUCUUUUUCAUAUCUGGCAUGCAUGUGAGGUAUCCGAGCUUGAACAUGACUGCAUAGCAAUAUCACCCACUGGUGUCCCCUAGUGGGAACAGGAAAUACCUUUUUUUAAGAGAAAGGCUCCUACUCGUUGGGAAAAAAAUCAAAUGAUUUCAAACUUGCAUCAGGGGAGCAUUUAGACAUGUGUUCGGGUAUCUGAUGAGAAAUAUUGAGUUUUCAAUGAAGCGACGGGGUUGUCCAAACAGGAAUAUGAAAAGUCCCUGGGCAUUUUGUCUCAAAAUGGCCAAUUUGAAGGUCUGAACAUGCUCGAAAACUCACCAAAAUUUGCAAAUACAUGCAGCUUUGCGUAAAUUUAGCAAAUUUUGCAACGUUGCCAAAAAAAUGUCACAAAAUGGCUCAGUGGCACUCGAAUUUUCAAAAAGGCCUUUCCAUUUGGUUUUUUCAACGU